CGCCUAGAGCAUCGCCAGGUGCAGAGCUCCACAGCUCUCUUUCCCAAGGAGUGAUCGAGGGUGAGAACGUGGAGCCUGGGGGACAGGUGAAGGCAUUGGGAUCUUUCUGCCCAGAAAGGGGAAAGUUGCACAUUUAUAUCCUAGAGGGAAGCGACAGCGGCGCUCCUCCCUGUGCUGAAGUGCAGGAGCCAUGUGGCUAGAAAUCCUCCUGACUUCAGUGCUGGGCUUUGCCAUCUACUGGUUCAUCUCCCGGGACAAAGAGGAAACUUUGCCACUUGAAGAUGGGUGGUGGGGCCCAGGCACGAGGCCCGCAGGCAGGGAGGACGAGAGCAUCCACCCUUUCAAGGUGGAAACGUCAGAUGAGGAGAUCCACGACUUACACCAGAGGAUCGAUAAGUUCCGUUUCACCCCACCUUUGGAGGACAGCUGCUUCCACUAUGGCUUCAACUCCAACUACCUGAAGAAAGUCAUCUCCUACUGGCGGAAUGAAUUCGACUGGAAGAAGCAGGUGGAGAUUCUCAAUAGAUACCCUCACUUCAAGACUAAGAUUGAAGGGCUGGACAUCCACUUCAUCCAUGUGAAGCCCCCCCAGCUGUCCACAGGCCGUACCCCGAAGCCCUUGCUGAUGGUGCAUGGCUGGCCUGGCUCUUUCUACGAGUUUUAUAAGAUCAUUCCACUCCUGACUGACCCCAAGAACCAUGGCCUGAGCGAUGAGCACGUUUUUGAAGUCAUCUGCCCUUCCAUCCCUGGCUAUGGCUUUUCAGAGGCAUCCUCCAAGAAGGGGUUCAACUCGGUGGCCACCGCCAGGAUCUUUUACAAGCUGAUGCUGCGGCUGGGCUUCCAGGAAUUCUACAUUCAAGGAGGGGACUGGGGGGCCCUGAUCUGCACCAAUAUGGCCCAGCUGGUGCCCAGCCACGUGAAAGGCCUGCACUUGAACAUGGCUUUGGUUUUAAGCAACUUCUCUACCCUGACCCUUCUCCUGGGACGGCGUUUCGGGAGGUUUCUUGGCUACACUGAGAGGGAUAUGGAGCUGCUGUACCCUGUCAAGGAGAAGGUCUUCUACAGCCUGAUGAGGGAGAGCGGCUACAUGCACAUCCAGUGCACCAAGCCCGACACCGUGGGCUCUGCACUGAAUGACUCUCCUGUGGGUCUGGCUGCCUAUAUUCUAGAGAAGUUUUCCACCUGGACCAAUACGGAAUUCCGAUACCUGGAGGAUGGAGGCCUGGAAAGGAAGUUCUCCCUGGAUGACCUGCUGACCAACGUCAUGCUCUACUGGACAACAGCAACCAUCGUCUCCUCCCAGCGCUUCUACAAGGAGAACCUGGGACAGGGCUGGAUGACCCAGAAGCAUGAGCGGAUGAAGGUCUACGUGCCCACUGGCUUCUCUGCCUUCCCUUCUGAGCUAAUGCACACGCCUGAAAAGUGGAUGAGGUUCAAGUACCCGAAGCUCAUCUCCUAUUCCUACAUGGCUCGUGGGGGCCACUUUGCAGCCUUUGAGGAACCGGAGCUGCUCGCCCAGGACAUCCGCAAGUUCCUGUCAGUGCUGGAGCAGCAGUGACCACCCCACACCGCCCCCUGCCUCCCUCCACAAGUGCCCUCCAGGCUUUUCUUUGGGAAGAUACCCCUUUUCUGAGGAAUGAGUUUGCCUCAGUCCCCUGCCCAUGCAGGGAGCCCACACUUACCCCCUCACCCCUCCAAGCUCACUCCCCAAUCCCCAACUCUGUGCGAUAAGCAAUAUGGCCUUGAUGAUAAAUGACUUUACUUCUAACA